CGGGGCGCGCCCGGCCCGCUCGGAGCCGGAGCCGCCGCACGGAGCCACCAUGGUGCCCAUCCGAGCGCCCGAGCUGGACGUGCCCUACAGCUUCAGCAGCCAGCCCCGCGCCCUGCUCCCGCGCCCCAAGUACCGAGGGCAGACCAAUGCCGCCGACACGGAGAGGGGCCCGAUGCACUACGGCAACAUCAUGAUCGACCCGAGGGUGGUGCGCGGAAACGCUUUGUCCCUUCGCUUCCUGCCGCAGCGUAACGAGCCCAGUACCCCUGAGUUUAGCAGGCAGACGAGCACAUGGAAGAAAGUACCAGCCAGUAGGUUCUCAGAAGAGCAAAUUCAACCAGGAACACCAGAGCCUGUGGAAGGCAGAGAACAUGCUUAUGUGCAGACAGAACUGUAUUUGGAAGAGAUUAGUGACCUGGUAAUAGAGGUUGAUGAAGAGUGUCAAACAGAUGAUUUUUUGGACCGACCACCCACUCCACUCUUCAUACCAGCCAAAACAGGCAAAGAUGUGGAAACACAAAUAGAAGAAGGAGAGUUGUUUGACUUUGACAUUGAAGUUAAGCCGAUCCUGGAAGUGUUGAUUGGGAAAACAGUUGAGCAGGCUUUGCUAGAAGUCAUGGAGGAAGAAGAGCUGGCCCAGCUGUGGUCACAUCAGCGUGCCUUUGCAGAGCUGCGUAACGCAGAGUUUGCUGAAUUGCAGCGCCUGGAAGAGCAGGACAGGCGAAUCAGAGAGGAGAAGGAACGUCGCAGACUYGAGCACCUGGAAAAGCUGCGGAAACAGAAAGAAACUGCAGAGAAAAUUGCAGCUCGGGCAUUCGCUCAGCGUUACCUGGCUGAUCUCAUUCCCUCAGUCUUCAACAAUCUUCAUGACAGUGGAUUCUUUUAUGACCCUGUAGAAAGAGCUAUUGAGACAGAAUUCCUUCCAUGGCUGAUGUCAGAAGUAGAAGAAACACUACAGAGGAAGAUUCUGGGAAGGACGAUGCUUGACUCCUUGAUUCGUACGGUGGUUGAACAACGCUUAGAUGAAUUUAGUCGUCCACCUCCACCUGAACAGACAGAGGAGCCUGCUGAAGAGCCCAAGCCAACAGAUGAAGUUCUGCAGGUGUCUGGUGAGUCAGAUGCUGCUGACCAACCAGUGGCAGAGGAAGAAGAGACUGGCCAACCUGUUGCUGAUGAACAGCCUUCUGAUUCUCAGUUAGAAGAAUCAGAUCAAGCAGAAACAGACGAUUUGGAAACUGAGUAACAAACAGGCAAGUCAUCAAGUAAAUGGAGACCAAUGGCUUAGAAAUGAAGAAUUAAUUCCUAUCUGUUUGAAGGUAUUGUGCCCUAGCCAUGCUGGAGGAUGAACCUAUGCAAAAGCAGAGCAUUAAAACAUGUUUUCCRUAUGUUGAAUUGCUGAUUUCAGGCUGUAAGAAUUGAGAGAGAAGUUACUAGUGCAAUGAAUGGUAGGGAAAAUCUGCCCCCUUUUACACAAUCCAAUCCAUCAAAAACCUGGGAGGUUUAUGGUUGAAAAGUAAUGCUGUCCCACACCCUGUGCUAGAAAGUCAUGAGAAGGAUGUUGAGAKCAUCGUAAUAACCUUUGCACAUGCUUUGGUAAUGUUCUUGGAACAAUAUUUCCUUCUUUUCCCUAUAUUGAAAGGUAGCUAC